UUGUUCAGGUACAGUACUCCAGGUAGCUCAUUAGUAAACAAACAGCUGGAAGGAAAAACAGUGAAGGGGCCUGCAGAAGACUUUCCUUUUACCUGAUAUCUGCCUAACAACAAUCCACUCCUCAUCUCUUUAGAUCACACGGCUUUAGCAGGUUCAGAAUCUACCGGAAUAUACCAACUCCCAGUGUUUUGAGUGAGAGCCUUUGUUUGGAAAUAGCCGCUCAUUGUAGCGUUACCGUACCUACACUGGUAGGCUGGUCGCAGUCAUAUUGGAGCUGUGUAGUUAAUUGUUUACAGAGAAGCCUUCAGGCCUGGAACACAGCAGGAUGAGGAGACUGAACCGGGUUAGUGCCUCUGGUCAUGACAACCCUGCCAUGGAGAUGACUGAUGGAGUUGUCAACCAGGUGAGGAGUAAAUGGCACUUUGAAAUUUAACCAAUCCGCCUCUCAAUGUUGUUAUCUGUUGAUAUUUUUCCAUUUCUUUCUAGAGUAAUCUGAAACCCUCUUCUCAAUACAUUUUCAAUCAUUACUCAGUUCCAAACUGUAUAUGAUUAUAGAGUAGUGUGUUACUAUAUUUCUUAUUAUUGGGUGGUAUAUUUCAGGAUUGGACAUUUUAAGUACAAGCUAUAAUUAUUUUUUUGUUUGUUUUUAGUCAUUUAGCAGACGCUCUUAUCCAGAGCGAUUUACAGGAGCAAUUAGGGUUAAGUGCCUUGCUUAAGGGCACAUCGACAGAUUUUUCACCUAGUCGGCUCGGGGAUUAGAACCAGCGACCUUUCGGUUACUGGCACAACGCUCUUACCCACUAAGCUACCUGCCGCCGUAUGAUGCAGUUCUAUAUACUGUAGUGUGAUGUAUGUGUGUCACUGCAGUAUGAAUGGCAGCCAGUUGUUGGAACUCCGAUCUCUAAGACAUCAGUAUCCAGUGCUGCGAAGGCAGCUGCCCAGUGGGCAUCUUACACCUGCAGCCGCUGGAAACGAGCCUGCCGUCAGUGUAUGAAGAGAAAACCCACAGGUACCAUUUCAGAUAAAACGCCAAACUCAGAUACACUCAGAUAAGAGUUCAAAUACUCUGCACUCUUUCAGGCUGUAUGAUCACCUUCUUGUUUAAAGGGGAAUUCUUUGAGAGCAUGUACAAAGGCCUGGCCUUGGAUGAGGAUGUCAUAGAUGGAGGAGACAAAAGCUUCCACCUCAAUAAAAGACUGAUGGACCAUUUCAGAGAUCUGGCUUCCAGCAAUCAGGACACUGAUGAGGUGAGGGGUGGAUGGCAUUCUGCCUUUAAGUUGUAAAAUGGGGCUAAAGGUAUAGAUUAAGGUAUAGAUUAGAUAUGGUCUGAUUGAAGGCUAGUGAUGAUUCAUACGGUCAAUAAUCCUGUUUGGUCAUAGGUGGACCUUCAGUACCUGAAUGAUGUAAUCGCAGAUGGAGCCGACCCCAACUCAACAGACCGAUAUGGACAAACUGUCUUACAUGAGGUGAGACUGAAGUCUUUACAUGUCAUCAAAUGGCUCAAAGACCUUCUGCUGUGGCAGAUCAUUCUGAGUGGCUUCCAGCCACUGUGUGUUCACAGGGCUCUUCUGCCUGGUUGUAGAUCUCGAGGGCGUGGAACGUGGACGUGAUGCGUUUCUUCCUGGAGAGGGGGGCUGAUGUUCUGCGUCCUGACUCCUACGGGGUCACGCCCCUGCAUGUUGCCGCAGCUCUGGACUACGAGGAGAUGAUCCACUUCCUGUUGGAGAGGAAAGGUCAGAGGUCAAUCGUCUUUGUGUCACUUGUGUGUUACUUCUGUGGGUGAGUGAUUUCAAUGUGUUUUGUACUGUAGCUCACAUAUGUAUGUCCUGUCCCUUUAGCUGACAUUGGUGCUCAGACCAACAUGGAUCAUCAGACCCCUCUGCACUACGCUGCUAAGAACGACGCAGUGGGGGCAGUCAGGGUGCUGCUGCAGUAUGGGGCAGACAUCUCCGCACGAGACUACAAAAAGAGAACCCCUCUACAACUGGCUGCCAACCUAGGUAAUACCCUUACUUGCCUCUGAGUGCACAUUUCACACUCAAUACUUUGUAUUAGAAUAGAAUGAAACACAACUUUAUUGUCCAUACACACAUGGAAAUGUGCCCUUCACCUCACCUUACAAAUAACUACAUUGCACAUUACAUAGUUCUUGCUGUACUUGAUUAUGCUUCUUUUGUUGUACUCCUGUGUGUAUUCAGACAGGAGUGAGGCUGCACGGACGCUAAUGGAACUGGGGGCAGAUGCUGGGGUGAAGGACUCUGAUGGUCAACUUUGCAUCACCGCCAUGAUUGACAAGAUGACCUCAGUGGUAAAUAUGGGUUGGAUGGUCACUGACCAAAUGAGUCAUACUGUAGGACAUGCUCCAAUUGUAUAGUUUGGCCUGACAAUGUGCUAGUUGUUGUGAUAUAGUGGGUUCUGUAUGUCAUCAUCCUAUAGCAUUGUUCAGCUCUCUUUGGUGGUGUCAGGCUCAUUUGGCGCUGAACCAGUUCCAUGUGACUGACCGGAUGACCAGGCAGCAGUUCUACUACCUCCACCUGCUGGAGCCAGAGCCACCCUGCAAGCAGAAUCCACCAGGACAGGGCUCACAAGGUAACCUAUCUAAAUAGUCUGAAAUAAAUACUAUUUCCACAGAACAAAAUGUCCUAUAUGGCCAAUGAUCCCACUUAUAAUAAUAGACUCUGUUUAACAACCUAACUCAGUGGAUCAAACUGUGCAACAGUCUUCUAAACUUUGGAGAUCUUUUUUUUUAAACUUUUGUGUGAUCUCUAAUUUCAAUGUUUUGUCUUCCAGAGGGUGUUGCCAGUGAGCCUACAUCACCAGUAUGUUCCCAUCUUUUAAGGCUAAACAGGCUAAAAAAGUGAUAAUGGAUGAAAACUAUGAUGGAAGACUACAUAUGAGUCAAAUAUGUAAAAUAAGUCAACUAAUUUGAUCAUAAUUGCUAUAUGAAUUUUCUCUGAGAUUUUUUCUCUCUCUCACCACAGUUGGAGUUCAUAGUACACCAGGGGAAGUUGGAUCUCAUCAUGCACCCUGUGGUUCUGAAGCUCAUCACUGUCAAGUGGAAACUAUAUGGCAGGUCAGUUCAUCAGUGAGAGAGACUUUGAGAGAGACUUUUGCCAGAGAGAAGUGGCAGGUGUGUCGCUCCUGCCAGAUGGGGCUCUGUCUCCCCUCUUGCCCCCUCCAGUCUCAUGCGCUGUCAUAAAUAAAAUAUACCAUAGGCCCUAACCAUUCACACAGUUAGACACAUAGCUAAAGGGAUCUACUGUUAAUGGUGGCUCAGUAUUUCACUCUGAAUGGUAAACUGGUGUCUCUGUAGGUUGGGGGCUUGGAUACUCCUACUCCUUAACUUCCUGUUUAUAGUCUCCUGGACGACCGUGGCCAUCUCUGUGUCUGUCAUCCGAAACGAGGAGCCUUAUGUUUUCCCUGAGGUGAGAAAGUGAAGGACAAAGGGAACAUUAUAUAUAUGUGUGUGUGUGUGUGUGUGUGUGUGUUUUUUUCAUUAACUCUUCAGAAUUACAUUAAAAGUGUGGUGUUUUAAGAUUCACACACAUUUCAGUCCUUCAUUUGGAUCCACAAUGAAACAAUGUGAAUAUAAAGGUCAGAAGUAUUUCACAGGUCAUACAAAUGUUUGGACAUGUGAUUGCUCAUGAGUCAUUGAUAAAGUCAUUGUGGACCCCAGAAAGAGUAGCUGUUGUGAUUGUAACAGCUAAUGCGGAUCCAAAUAAACAAAUCUAAAUAUAAAAAGUAUAUCUUCCUGCAGGACUGGUGGCGUGUGUUUGGGGUGGUGGUGGCUCUGGGGCUGACAGUGGUGGAGGUGGGCCGGGAGGUGGCGGAGAUGAUAGGCUCCAGGAGGAAGCUAAGGAGCUGGCAGAGUUGGUGUGAGCAUCGCACCAACGAUGACCUGCGCUGCACACACCCAAUGUGGCCCGAGGUACUUUUCUUACCCAGUAGACACACACAGACGCACAUCUUAGAGAAGUUUCUAGACCUGAUCUAGGCAUACACAGUUAACCAAAAUAAACUGAAUUAAGAUCUAAGGAGAGUCCUCCUGACCCCAAUACAUUAUUUUGGCAGUAUGCCCUUUGUAAGGCUACAGGUUGUUAUAAUCCCCAUUGAGAAUGUGCAACAUGACAUAUUCUUUAAAUUUUUUGUCUUCCUGCUUCAAAGGAAAAACAUUUCUUGGAAGAGCAAAUCAAGUUUAUCCACCGCAUGAAGGGAAACUACUUACAAGACCCCUGGUAAACACAUUUGUGUUAUAUACGAUACAGUACAUCUCAUAUGGAUAUGGUGUAACUCUGGCCCUUAAUAAUGCUCAUAUAUUACCUAACUGGCAAGCAGACAAUGGUAUCUAAUUUGGCUGUGUCACAGGAACAUCUUUGAUUGGCUGGUGUACAUUCUGCUGAUGGCGGUGUUUGGGAUCCAUGUGGCAGACAUCUUCUUGUUGGCAGGCACACUGCGAGACUACAGCCUGCGCCUCUUCGCUGUAGUCAUCAUCUUCCUCUGGCUCCGGCUGAUGAAACACGUCCGAGCCUUCAGGUGACCAGACUGACCACCACUGAAGAGUCCUCUUUUAGGGAUCAUUUCUUUACUUGUCUCCCUGAUGAAGUGCAAGGCAUUCAUUCAUUUUAGAGCACCAAUCUUGUGGUGGAGAAUAAUUAAUCUUUACUUCCCUUCCCCCAUUGAUGACUGUUCUCUAGUCCCCAAUGGAUCAUGGAAGGGAACAAUAUGUUCUGAGGAAAAAAUAAAAACACAACUGAAAUUAAACCCAAAUGAAUAAAACACCUGGACUGGGUGUCUGAGCUAUCCCACGAACAAUGCAUAUUGUUCAUUGGGUAUCUCAGACAUAAUAGUGACACCUGGUCAGCGUCCCCAUAGGUACACCUGGAGUUAUCAGGUUCCAUGACAACAACACAUGAAUGGGGCCCCACAGGCAGUCGUGAGUCGUGACAACAAAGGAACUAGAGCUCAUAGGUCAUCAUAUGGUCAUGGCCCUCAUGUCCAAAAUAGGAUACAUUUUUAGAACAGCAUGUCUGGAUAUUUCCAAAUAUAAAGUAGCGAAAUACUGACCCACAUUGGACUCAUACAGCAGAUCUUAGAAUCAUUGUACCUGAAAAUUCCACAGCAUUACACCAAUACCACAACCUUUUAUCCUCAUUCUGUACAGGGUUAUGGGUCCUUUCAUUGUCAUGCUGGGGAAGAUUGUGGGGGAUGUGUUGCGUUUCCUCUUCCUAUAUGCAGAGAUCUUCAUCCCUUAUGCAUGUGCCUUCUGGAUUAUAUUUGGAGGUAAAUUGGCCAACAAACCAUGAAGUCAUGCAUAUUUUAUAAAACACACCCACAAUAUGAUAUGGUAUACGCUACUGCAGCUGUCCUAGUAUGAUAAAAAAUACACAUAAACAAAUGUAUUUACAGUUUGUCUGUCUGAGUCUGUGUGAACUGUCCUCCCCAGGUCAGGCGUCAAUACCCAGUAUGCGGACUGUACCCCAGCUGCUCUACAGCCUGUACCGCAUCACUCUGGUGGAUGAGUACGAGUUUAAUGCCAUGGUGGAAGUGGACUCGAUCAUGGCCCACUUCCUCUGUGGUACCUUCCUGGCUCUGUCCUCCAUUCUGUGUGUCAACCUGAUGAUCGCCCUUCUCUCGGACACCUUCCAAAGGUAUGGGCCACUAAAAUUAUAUUUGGCAAACUAGGAGAUCAGUAGUGUGCAUAUCAGCCUUUACAGCUUACAUUCGUGUGUACUCAAAUACUGUACUGUACAGUUUGGGGUCACUUAGAAAUGUCCUUGUUUUCCAUGAAACCAUACAUGAAAUUAGUUUGAAUAGGAAAUAUAGCAAAAUGAAUAGGAAAUGUAGUCAUUGACAAGGUUAGAAAUAAUGAUUUUUAAUUGAAAUAAUAAUUGUCCUUCAAACUUUGCUUUUGUCAAAGAAUCCUCCAUUUGCAGCAAUUACAGCCUUGCAGACCUUUGGCAUUCUAGUUGUCAAUUUGUUGAGGUAAUCUGAAGAGAUUUCACCCCAUGCUUCCUGAAGUACCUCCCACAAGUUGGAUUGGCUUGAUGGGCACUUCUUACGUACGGUCAAGCUGCUCCCACAACAGCUCAAUAGGGUUGAGAUCCGGUGACUGUGCUGGCCACUCCAUUAUAGACAGAAUACCAGCUGACUGCUUCUUCCCUAAAUAGUUCUUGCAUAUUUUGGAGCCGUGCUUUGGGUCAUUGUCCUGUUGUAGGAGGAAAUUGGGUAUGGCAUGGCGUUGCAAAAUGGAGUGAUAGCCUUCCUUCUUCAAGAUCCCUUUUACACUGUACAAAUCUCCCACUUUACCACCACCAAAGCACCCCCAGACCAUCACAUUGCCUCCACCCACCAUGCUUGACAGAUGGCAUCAAGCACUCCUCCAGCAUCUUUUCAUUUGGUCUGCGAAUCACAAAUGUUCUUCUUUGUGAUCCGAACACCUCAAACUUCGAUUCGUCUGUCCAUAACACUUUUUUCCAAUCUUCCUCUGUCCAGUGUCUGUGUUCUUUUGCCCAUCUUAAUCGUAUCUUUUUAUUGGCCAGUCUGAGAUAUGGCUUUUUCUUUGCAACUCUGCCUAGAAGGUCAGCAUCCCGGAGUCGCCUCUUCACUGUUGACGUUGAGACUGGUGUUUUGCGGGUACUAUUUAAUGAAGCUGCCAGUUGAGGACCUGUGAGGCGUCUGUUUCUCAAACUAGACACUCUAAUGUAUUUGUCCUCUUGCUCAGUUGUGCACCGGGGUCUCCCACUCCUCUUUCUAUUCUGGUUAGAGCCAGUUUGCGCUGUUCUAUGAAGGGAGUAGUACACAGCGUUGUACGAGAUCUUCAGUUUCUUGGCAAUUUCUCACAUGGAAUAUCCUUCAUUUCUCAGAGCAAGAAUAGACUGACGAGUUUCGGAAGAAAGUUAUUUAUUUCUGGCCAUUUUGAGCCUGUAAUCGAACCCACAAUUGCUGAUGCUCCAGAUACUCAACUAGUCUCAAGAAGGCCAGUUUUAUUGCUUUUUUAAUCAGCACAACAGUUUUCAGCUGUGCUAACAUUAUUGUAAAAGGGUUUUCUAAUGAUCAAUUAGCCUUUUAAAAUUAUAAACUUGGAUUAGCAAACACAACGUGCCAUUGGAACACAGGACAGAUGGUUGCUGAUAAUGGGCCUCUGUACGCCUAUGUAGAUAUUCCAUUAAAAAUCAGCUGUUUCCAGCUACAAUAGCCAUUUACAACAUUAACAAUGUCUACACUGUAUUUCUGAUCAAUUUGAUGUUAUUUUAAUGGACAAAAAAUUUGCUUUUCUUUAAAAAACAAGGACAUUUCUAAGUGACCCCAAACUUUUGAACGGAAGUGUAUAUUGUUUGUCUACAUCAGGUUUUAGUGUUUAUCUCACUCAACAAACAAACAAAUGACUCAGUAUGCAUCUGUCACUCUCAGCGUCAGUAUGAAUGAGUAUACCACACUGUGUGUAUGAAUCUCUUCUGUCAGGGUGUACGACAAUGCACUGGCCAAUGCAGUAAUGCAGCAAGCAGCCAUUAUCCUGCAGGUGGAGGAAUCCAUGCCCCGUCUCUGCCGUUUCUAUGACGACCAGCACAUCCACCGCUUCUGUGCCCCUCUUGGGGAGUUAUACGAUGAUGACAUCAGAACUGACUCAAAGCGGCACGCAGAGCUGAAGACGAUCACCACUCAGAUCAAGGUGACAGGAUGGGACAUUCAUCUUUAACACCUGCAUUUGAACUGUAUGUCUUUAUAUAUCUGUGUCUGCCUGUGGGUGGUUUAGUUCAGGGAGGGAGAGUGCUUGUUUCUCUUUAUGCAUGUUUUUUUACUUGUUCCGUCACUUCAGGAGACCCUAGAUGAGUUCCUGGAGAUCCAAAAAGAAGUGAAUCCCUCCGAACAACGAAGACCUGAAGAGAGUGACAGGGGCUCAUGGUAGGCACCGCCUCUCUUUUACCUGAAUUUAGGAGUAUGGAACAACUAUGAUGUUUUGUGGAAUAUUUCCAGGCGUGUGUCAAGAUCUACAGUGGGGAAAAAAAGUAUUUAGUCAGCCACCAAUUGUGCAAGUUCUCCCACUUAAAAAGAUGAGAGAUGCCUGUAAUUUUCAUCAUAGGUACAUGUCAACUAUGACAGACAAAAUGAGAAAAGAAAAUCCAGAAAAUCACAUUGUAGGAUUUUUAAUUUAUUUAUUUGCAAAUUAUGUUGGAAAAUAAGUAUUUGGUCAAUAACAAAAGUUUCUCAAUACUUUGUUAUAUACACUUUGUUGGCAAUGACACAGGUCAAACGUUUUCUGUAAGUCUUCACAAGGUUUUCACACACUGUUGCUGGUAUUUUGGCCCAUUCCUCCAUGCAGAUCUCCUCUAGAGCAGUGAUGUUUUGGGGCUGUCGCUGGGCAACACGGACUUUCAACUCCCUCCAAAGAUUUUCUAUGGGGUUGAGAUCUGGAGACUGGCUAGGCCACUCCAGGACCUUGAAAUGCUUCUUACGAAGCCACUCCUUCGUUGCCCGGGCGGUGUGUUUGGGAUCAUUGUCAUGCUGAAAGACCCAGCCACGUUUCAUCUUCAAUGCCCUUGCUGAUGGAAGGAGGUUUUCACUCAAAAUCUCACGAUACAUGGCCCCAUUCAUUCUUUCCUUUAUACGGAUCAGUCGUCCUGGUCCCUUUGCAGAAAAACAGCCCCAAAGCAUGAUGUUUCCACCCCCAUGCUUCACAGUAGGUAUGGUGUUCUUUGGAUGCAACUCAGCAUUCUUUGUUGUCCUCCAAACACGACGAGUUGAGUUUUUACCAAAAAGUUCUAUUUUGGUUUCAUCUGACCUGGACAUGUACUGGCUUAAGCAGGGGGACACAUCUUUCACUGCAGGAUUUGAGUCCCUGGCGGCGUAGUGUGUUACUGAUGGUAAGCUUUGUUACUUUGGUCCCAGCUCUCUGCAGGUCAUUCACUAGGUCCCCCCGUGUGGUUCUGGGAUUUUUGCUCACCGUUCUUGUGAUCAUUUUGACCCCACGGGGUGAGAUCUUGCGUGGAGCCCCAGAUCGAGGGAGAUUAUCAGUGGUCUUGUAUGUCUUCCAUUUCCUAAUAAUUGCUCCCACAGUUGAUUUCUUCAAACCAAGCUGCUUACCUAUUGCAGAUUCAGUCUUCCCAGCCUGGUGCAGGUCUACAAUUUUGUUUCUGGUGUCCUUUGACAGCUCUUUGGUCUUGGCGUAGUGGAGUUUGGAGUGUGACUGUUUGAGGUUGUGGACAGGUGUCUUUUAUACUGAUAACAAGUUCAAACAGGUGCCAUUAAUACAGGUAACGAGUGGAGGACAGAGGAGCCUCUUAAAGAAGAAGUUACAGGUCUGUGAGAGCCAGAAAUCUUGCUUGUUUGUAGGUGACCAAAUACUUAUUUUCCACCAUAAUUUGGAAAUAAAUUCAUAAAAAAUCCUACAAUGUGAUUUUCUGGAUUUUCUUUUCUCAUUUUGUCUGUCAUAGUUGACAUGUACCUAUGAUGAAAAUUACAGGCAUCUCUCAUCUUUUUAAGUGGGAGAACUUGCACAAUUGGUGGCUGACUAAAUACUUUUUUUCCCCACUGUAUCUCUUCCUGUCUCUCCUAGGGAGAGGGGCUUCUCAUCCCCUGUGCAGGGGGAACACCUGCAGACUCUGCAGAGGCUCCAGAUGGACCAGACCCAGCAGAACCAGGACCUCAGUGCCCUGAGGGCAGACAUGAAGAACCUGCAGGCCCUGAUCCACCAACUGAUCCAGUCCCAGACCAGCUCAUGUCAGUAUUAUGUUGACCUCAUAAAGAACCUUCUAUACAGGGUCUAUACACUAAGACAGACCAGAUAACUAGUCUAGUGCAGUCUGAUUGGGUCAAAGACUAAACAAAGAGUAAUGUCCAUUCAAAACCAGAGGGAGUGCAUAUAUGGAUUAAGAGUCUUUACACAUGAUGAAGUAAUUUGAACUGACAUCAUGACUCUAUCAUUCAAAUAAGAGAAGGCCUAUCAUAUAAAUAGAACUCUUACUCUUUGUUUAGUCUUUGACCCAGUCAGACUGCACUUCGCUAGUUCUAUUUCGUUGAGGCCUACUAUGAUAACCUGUCCCUGUUUCUUCUGUGUAUCUCUGUGCUAGAGUAUAGCUAUGUUUCACUGUCUCCUGUCUGUCCAUAGCUGAUAGAUUACGUUAUUUUGUCUCUGUACAGGUGUGGAGUGUGGUGUGAAUGCAGCAGAAAGCACUGGGUCAGAGACCGUCGAAGCUCCGCCAUACAGGUGAGGUAUCACUGGUUUAAGGCAUCUUGGUUCUCUUUCGUUUUCGUAACGGGUCGCCAAACGACCUAUGGGAACUCCUUCUCCUUCAUGUGAUGUGAUUAAGAUGCUUAAUAUCAAAAUAUGUUUACAUUCACACCACACCCUUACUGUACCCAUGUGACCUGUCACUAUAAAAGGCUGUGUGGCGUGACAUACUGUAUUUUCUUCACUCUCACCUUUGUGUUUUACAUUACGAGAUUGCUAUUAAUCCCCUUCAAAUUAUUUUCUUACGGAAUGACGAUACUUCAACGACUCGAGGAGGUGCCAUGAGUAGUUGAUUUUUAUCUAAUCUACUCCCCCUCUCUCUCGUUAUUGUGCCUGCCAAUACUAACUAACUUGUAUUGCUUUGUAUCGGGCAUUUCCGUCCUUGUGUGUUAGCUAGCUAGCUCAUUAGCUUCGGGUCUAUCCCGUUACCUCAGAAGUUAGCUCAUAGCUAGCUAGCUAGCUAAAUUAGCCACACAUAGUUACCGUAGCUAGUUAGCUUGUUGUAACUGUUGUUGGCGCUUGUUGACUCGCGGUGUCGUGCCAGUCUCCGCUUGACUUCCACACCAGCCCGUUGAUCCAGCAUCUCCACUCCCUAGCUUGUGAUCACGGAGCUCAGCAGUGCUGUAGGUUACCGGUCCUUGCUUGACUGAGUCCACCAACGCCGAGACUGACAGUCCAUGCUUGACUGUGCCAGUCAGAUAGCUUCAAAUAGGUGGGAGUUUCGAGCCCGGACCUUGAAACAUAUUUAGGCGGAAGUCUCGCCCCCGAAGCACGAUGGGUCAGAGCCAACGGUAAAUAUAACUUUCUCUCUAAGCAUCCAAAUCCGAUACUGAGGCAAUCGAAGCAUACACCAAGACACACCGAAACAAUUAUUAUUUUUUUGUUACCUUUUUCUUGGAGCACACUUCUGUUAUGUGAAAAUCCGUUCUUUGCACACGGAUUCAGUGCUGUGCAUAGGAUGUCAUUCCACCCAUGUCAACAGUGUGAAAAACAACUCCCACCUUCAGAUGAGCACACACUUUGCGUUCUUUGCUUGGGAGUUGAACAUUCUCAAGGGGCUGCACAGAGUAGCAGCUCUUGCACUCACUGUCAGAAAUUCAAACCAAGAGCAUUGAAAUCUCAACUUGCGCGCUUAUAGGGUGGAGCCUCCGGAUUCUCAUCAGAUGAGUUUGCCACACAGAUCAAUGAUCAUUCCAAACGCUCCAGGUCGAAUGACGGGUCUUACUCCCCUUGUGAUCCGCCGCCCAAUAAAUGCCAUCGCUCAUCCUCGCUUGGGCACAAAUCUUGACACACUGAGAUGCGCAAGGAGAUUAAGUCAGUGGACAGUCGUAUGGCUACCAUUCAGUAUGCCCUCGAGCACCUACUUGCCAGGCUUCCCCCACUGGUACCAAACCCAACCCCUACCUCUGAGCGGAGCGUGGUUGUUGAAUCAAUCAAUCAAUCAAUCAAAUUGAUUUAUAAAACCCUUUUUACAUCAGCAGAUGUCACAAAGUGCUAUACAGAAACCCAGCCUAAAACCCCAAACAGCAAGCAAUGCAGAUGUAGAAGCACGGUGGCUAGGAAGAAACCUAUAGAGGAACCAGGCUCUGAGGGGUGGCCACUCCUCUUCUGGCUGUGCUGGGUGGAUAUUAUAAGAAUAUGUGGCCAUUUAAGGCCAGAUUGUUCUUCAAGAUGAUCAAACAUUCAUAGAUGACCAGCAGGGUCAAAUAAUAAUCACAGUGGUUGUAGAGGGUGCAACAGGUCAGUACCUCAGGAGUAAAUGUCAGUUGGCUUUUCAUAGCUGAGCAUUCAGAGGUUGAGACAGCAGGUGCGGUAGAGAGAGAGAGAGCGUCGAAAACAGCAGGUCCGGGACAAGGUAGUACGUCCGGUGAAUAGGUCAGGGUUCCCUAGCCGCAGGCCGAACAGUUGAAACUGGAGCAGCAGCAUGACCAGGUGGACUGGGGACAGCCAGGAGUCAUCAGGCCAGGUAGUCCUGAUCCUAGGGCUCAGGUCCUCCGGGAGGAGAAGGAGAGAGGGAGAAAGAGAGAAUUAGAGGGAGCAUACUUAAAUUCACACAGGACACCAGAUAAGACAGGAGAAUUACACCAGAUAUAACAGACUGACCCUAGCUCCCCGGCACAUAGACUAUUGCAGCAUAGAUACUGGAGACUGAAUCGGAUGACACUGACGGUCGACCAGAAAAUAUCCUUGUCUGAAACGUUUAAGAGGGCAAGCAGGAACCUCAACGUGAAACAUACACCUACUGCCAUGGCAUCCACAUCCAAGUUUGAUGAAUUCAGUUCUUCAAAGACUGAGACAUCCAUACCGUUGUUUAAAUACUUUGUGCGUGAACUCCAAUGCACUUGGAGCACGCCAAGUGACAGAACCCCUGCCAUGCCAAGCAUAUGCACUCGCUUAGCUACAGUUCAUGGUGCAGAUGAGAAUAGUUUUGGCCAUUUCCCCCGUAUGAACAAAUAAUUUGCUUCGCUUGUUAUGCCUGCUUCUCUCAGUCACAGUUCAGACCAAGAGCUGCCUAACAAAUGAUGAAGGGCAUCUGAUCAAUUCCUAUGCAGGACACAUGACAGCACUACUUCAGCCGCUAGGCUUAGCAAUUCAGCAGCGAUACUGGCCUUCUAUCGGUAGGAGCUGCGGCCCACCUCCUCCAAGUGUCUAAGGAGGACAGAGAAGCACAGAUGGCGCUUCAGCGCCUCAUUCAUUUACAUUUACAUCAUUUAGCAGAUGCUCUUAUCCAGAGCGACUUACAAAUUGGUGCAAAUUGGUGCAUUCAUUCCAAAGCCUAAAAUGCAUCAGCCAGCAAACCAUUACUCCAGUCCCAGGGCCCCAACUGGAAUGCCAAGAAACCAGGCUCAGACUCACGCUACACCUGCUCAGGAGUGGAGGAACAGACACUCUCAGCCCUACCAAAGAGGUGGAGCACAGCAUCACCCAAGAGGCAGAGGUGCACCAUAUACAGGCCACGUCCCCUCUGCACCAAAGCACGCAGAGCCUCGGUCCUGAGCUGGAAAAGGUCAACGGCCAACAAAUGGGUGUUACGCACUCUAACACAAGGCUACGCACUACAAUUUUGGUAGCGACCCCCACGUUUCAGGGGUGUCUUGAAAACAACCGCUCGUAACCCUGUUCAAACACUCUGCUCAGAAAUCUCCUUGAAAAAGCAUGCCAUCGAAGAGGUAGAACCAGCGCAACAAAACUGCAGGUUCUACUCAAUCUAUUUUCUGGUGCCAAAAAAGGGCUGAGGCCUCCGUCCGAUCCUGGACUUAGAGUGCCUUAAUCGUCAUCUUUCAGCACUUCCCUUCAAAAUGCUGACAAUCAAAACCAUCCUUCAGUUAGUACAACCAGGCGAAAAGUUCACCACAGUGGACCUGAAAGACGCAUACUUUCAUAUCCCCAUUCUACCAGCACACAGAAAAUACCUGAGAUUUGCCUUCGAAAUACGUGUUUUUCAGUUUCACAUUCUACCCUUCGGCCUUUCACUCGCCCCUCACACUUUCACAAAGUGCAUAAGUGCAGCGCUAGCCCCCCAUCGCCAAGCAGGAGUCAGGGUCCUGAACUACUUACAUGAUUGGCUAAUAUGUGCAGGGUCACAAAGCCAAGCUUUGGCACACACAUCCAUGGUCUCACAUCACCUCUCUGAGUUGGGACUAACAGUGAGCUUGGAAAAGAGUUAUCUGGUCCCCACUCAGUGUGUGCACUUCCUGGGCUUGACACUGGACACUCAAAUCAUGCGAGCAAACCUCUCUCCAGAAAGAGUGGGAUCUUUGACAAAUUGUCUUUCAACAUUCAAACUGAAUAAACAGGUGACAGCACAAGAAGAGUCAGAGGCUACUAGCCCUCCUAGCUGCUGCAGUCCAUGUUGUACUAUUGGGCUUGCUCAACAUUCGGCCAAUACAGCGGACGUACAACAGACACGUCUAUGUCCCAGAAGGGACAAACACAAAAAGCUGAUCAUUUCAAUGAGUUGCUGGAGAGCAAUACAAUGGUGGCGCCUAGCACUUCAAACUCCCAGUGGAGUUCUCCUAGGCGCAGUUCACAACCGGUUGACUUUGACCACAGACACCUCCCUACAGGGAUGGGGAGCAGUCUUGAACCAGUUAGGGGCCCAUGGUGUAUGGUCAGCACCAUGGAAAAUGGCUCACAUCAACGUACUGGAGCUCAAGGCGGUUCACCUUGCACUCCGGCAGUUCCUCCCAGUACUGAGAGGACAACCUGUACUGAUACGGACAGACACUACAACCGUGAUUGCACACAUCAACCGCCAGAGCGGACUGAGGUCAAUGGCUCUGCACCAGGUAGCAAGGGAGCUACUGCUUUGGGCAAACAGACACCUUAUAUCCCUCAGAGCAAUACACCUGCCGGGGAUGGAGAAUCAGAAGGCAGGCCCUCUUCCUUCAGACUGGAGGAUACAUCCCACAGUAGUGGAGAUGAUCUGGGCGCAAUUUGGAAGGGCCAUCGCCGAUCUGUUCGCAUCGCAAGACUCAACCCAUGAUCCUAUGUGGUUCUCCAUAAAUGGUCCAGCAGGCCCACUCAGGGUCAAUGCCCUAUCACACUGAUGGCUAAGGGGGCUGCUGAAUGUUUUUCCACCAAUUUCCUUGCUCCCUCAGGUCUUGGAAGAUCAGUCUCGAGAGCGCGUCAGUUCUACUUGUUGCUCCACAUUGGCAACAACAUCACUGUUUUUCAGACAUUGUACAGCUGACAACCUCCCCCCAUGGGAACUCCCUCUUCGAGUGGACCUCCUGUCACAAGUGAAUGGCAAGCUUUGGCACCCCAAACCCAGCAUACUGAAGUUGUGGGAGUGGCACCUGAACGUGACCGCCUUGUAGCUGCAGGGUUGCCCUCCUUGGUAAUUGAUACAGUUCAGGCAGCCAGGGUAUCCUCUACGCUAACCCUGUAUUCCUACAAGUGGAAUGUGUUCAGGAAGUGGGUGCAUUGAUUUCCUCCAGGGUAUGGCUGCAGGGAAGUCCCCAUCUACAUUGAAAGUGUAUAUGGCAGCCAUCUCUAUGGAUCAUGACCGGAUUUCGGGUGCAUCACCAGGGGCACACCCUCUAGUAUCGCAAUUCAUGAAAGGAGCCCACAGGCUAUGGCUCCCCAAGACUCCUUCAGUACCCUCAUGGGAGUUUGAUGUUGUCCUACUUUCACUUAUGAGCCCACCAUUUGAGCCCCUUUCUUCACUUGAGAUUCGUGAGCUCUCAGUCAAGACUGCCUUUCUAUUGGCUAUUGUUUCAGCCAAGCGUGUUAAGAAUUACAUGCACUUUCUACCCAUCCUUCAUGCCUCACUUUAGCAGACGAUGGAUCUAAGGCAGUGCUUUGGCCAAAUCCAGCAUUCUUACCUAAUGCUAACCAGCCCUUAAUCAUAGCGGCAUUUCACCCGCCUCCCCACUCCUCACAGGAGAGUCGUGAGUUGCAUACACUUGUCCGGUUAGGGCACUGAGUGCCUAUCUUGCUACAACAAGAAUUGUUUGUCAAACAGAACAGCUUUUUGUGUGUUAUGGGGAGAACACCAAAGGGCGCAUUGUCUCGAAGCAGAGACUGGCACAUUGCAGUGUCAAAAUCAUACGCAGCAGCAGGUAGACCAACUCCAGAUGUCAUGGUAGCGCACUCCACCAGGAGUAUGGCCACUUCAUGGGCCCUGUUCAGAGGGGCCUUGCUGGACUCUAUCUGUGCUGCUCCAAGUUGGGCAACACCCAUGACUUUCAUGAGUUAUAUCCACACCAUCAGUGGGAUCUGUGGCUCUGGACACGGCACACUCUCUCAACCCAAAGAAGUGAGUGUACUGUUGUCCGAACAACCUCUUUGGUACAGCCUCUCCCAUAGGUCGUUUGGCACCCGUUACGAAAAUGAAAGAGAGCGUUGGGUUACGGAUGUAACCAUGGUUCUCUGCGUAACGGGUCGCCAAGCUUUCAUGUCUUUCCUCCACCUCCAUGAGGUUUGAGUGAAGUAAUAGACAGUAUGUCAUACCACAUAGCCUUUUAUAGUGACAGGUCACGUGGGUACAGUAAAGGUGUGGCGUGACUGUAAACAUAUUUUGAUAUUAAGCAUCUCAAUCACAUCGCGUGAAGGGAAAGAGUUCCCAUAGGUCGUUUGUCGAUCCAUUAUUCUAUUCAGAGAACCAAGGUUACAUCCGUAAUCCAACAAUUUUUGUAGUAUUCCUUUGUUGUAAGCCUGUAAUUGCAUGGUGCACUCUGCAGAUGGCCACAGGGUGUCUCAGAAGUCUGCUUCACAAGUACAGGGUGUGUCCAAUUUGACCUGUUUACUUUGAACUCAUGAGUGUUGUAAUCUCCAAUCCUCCAGGGCCUCAACAGGUUGACUCGUUGAUGCUGAAGAUGAUUGUAACCACAGAGACUGCACAAGCAACAAGAGAUACAGGACCAGAAAAAAAGGAUGAAACCUUCUAACUAAUACCUAUCUCCUUAUCAGUUUUAGGUUAUUCAGAUCAUUUAUGGUAUCUUAUGAUAUGACUACAAUACAUGCAGUAUUUUUUUGCUAAUCUAAUAGACACGGUAAAGAGGUCAAAUGGAAGCAGACUGUGGAGGAUAGAAGGAGGAUGCCGUAUUGGCGCAUAUUCAACAAAUCGGAUAUUCUUCAAAUCUGUCAAAUCCGGUUCCGGUGGCAUGCAUUGAAAUGCAUGGCUUUUCUUUUGCAAAAUAACUAUGAAUGAAUGGACUUAUUUUCAAGUAAUUGUUAACAUACAGUAUAACAUCACAUUAAGGUGUGGGGACGUUUACUGUAUUACAAGGAACAAUAGCAGGUCUGUUUCGCUCCAGUAGCUGGCAUAUUCUGUCCAUUACCAAUUCACCUAUGGGAACAUGGCUGCCCUUAACACCCGACAACAGAAAGAGUUGGCCACU